AUGCCGUCGGUUGUCAGCGGCCCAAAUGCAGAGUCCAUUCUCUGUUCCCUGAGCCCAGAGGAGGUUGAUAUGCUGCGCGACGCAUUCAUUUAUAUGGAUCGUGACAAUGACGGUCAUGUAAAUAAGGACGAGCUGCUCACAAUGGUGCACCGCUGUGUGGGCGAUGAGCGCUUUUCCCCACUCAAGGAAUACCUGGUGCCUCUCUUUGAUGUGGCGGACAAGGAUAAGGACGAUAAACUGAGCCUCACCGAGUUCUUGCUGUCGUUUGCAGACGGACCAGGGGUGGUUCCCGCGGAGGUCAUCAGUAGCUGCGUGUCGUCUAUCCGUGUGCGCCUCACUGACGAGGAAAUUGAAACACUCCAGGAGACAUUCCGUCGCAUUGACACAAAGGCCGAUGGUUUUAUUGAUAAGGAGGAGCUUAUUGUCGCUCUCAAGGAAAACCUUAAGCACCGUUUCCCCGAUUUGCAUGACAAUAACUUCAACGACAUUGUGGCGGUUAUAAUGGCCAGUGCAGACACAGACCGUGAUGGUCGUUUGUGCCUUUCAGAGUUUAUUCGCUCAUUUCAGGAGGAUCAAGGUGUGCUACCAGCAGCCUUCUUGGAUGCUGGGGCACGUAAAUUGGUACAGAAACUAACUCCGGCUGAAAUUGAGAUUCUCAAAGAGGCCUUCGCCGUGUUGGAUAAAAACCGCGAUGGUUACUUGGAGUACUCUGACAUAUAUGAUGCUCUGUGGGAGACAAUUUUUGACAGUUCAGGGGAUAAAACCCAGAUACGUGAGCUUUGUGAUCUCAUCAUGGUUACCGCCGAUCACGAAAAAAGAGGGAUGUUGACUUUGGCAGAAUUUGUCCGUGGUUUCAUUCGAAAUAUCGCACUGACCCAGCUUCCUGUUGCGGCGGCUCAGGAAAAGAUGCAGUCAGCCUGUGAGAGACUUCAGGAAAUGCUUCAAAGUGGUGAGCUUGAGCGGCUUUCGGUGGUGCCUGACGACAGUUUUCAGGACAGCACCUGCGUGACCCCCGGCAACCUGGUCAGUGUUCUCAGCGAUAUAUUUCGGGAUGUGUUUCCUUUUUUGGAAGAAGAAACACUUUCCACGAUAAUUGGCGCCGUUGUGGUUGCAUCUGACAACGAAAACGACAAGAAGAUUUCUUUGGAAAAUUUUAUCCAAUGCUUUGCGGAGGGGCCACGGAUCCUUUCGAUUGAUUCAUCCUCAUCGCCACUCUCCAAGAGUUUAUCGGGCGAUGAGCUUCUAACUGUUUCGCAUGUUCUGCAUGAGCUGGGCAAGGACGCCAAUAGUAAUGGGUGCGUGCAGGAGCCGGAGGUUUUGGAGGCCAUCAGAAACGCUUUUCGAUCUGAUUUGAAACAGACGGAUCGUGUUCUUCAGUACGUGCGCGAUAAAAUAAAUCGACAUAACUCUAGCAGCUCUUUGAUGGUAGAAACCUCCGUAAAGGACGGCCCGUGUUACAAGGAUGGUGUUUUGAACUCUGAGUCAAGGGUUAUGCCAGAUUCAAAGGGGAACUAUGCGGUGAAAGAGGGCUCCGUGACAGCGCUCAAGGGAAAUGUGACACAUGAGAGCCCACCAACAGGUAUUGGAGUUCCAGCUCUUCUUGCGACCCGCAAGAAACCAAAUUCGCAGCAACGGCGUCAUUUUGCUAUGAAUUCCACUGCGUCGGAUGCAAUAGUGAAGCAGCAUGCAUUCAGUUACUUGGGCUUCGCCUACGAUACCGCUGACAGGGCUAUCUUUGAUAAGGAAUUGCAGGCGGAGUUCAAAAAGUACGCCGGUGAAGGCCAAGAUUACAUUGACCGUGACAGGUUCAUCAAGGCUUAUAUUUCCAUGGAGCAUUAUGGUUUGAUUCCAACGGAAAAUGAAGCAAAUCGAGUUCUUUCCCGGUAUUGUACCGGGGACAAGGUGCACUAUAAUGAAUUUUGUAUCAUCAUGCUGCAGCGUGCUCGUAUGUAG